CACGCCCGACGCUUGGACCACCAUGUUACGCCGACUAAUAGCUGCAUCCUGCUCAAAAUUCCCUCUCGCAUACAGAGGUCUUGCGACCGCUACGACUCCCCAAGUAUCUGGACUUUCAGGAGCCCGCCUACCGAAUUCACAAUCAUACAUCACUCCGAAACUUCACUUCUUCAAUUCUGUUACCCCAGAUGGUCAGCAAAUACCUACAUAUCGAGUUUUGGACGGUGUCGGAAAGGUCCUUGAGGGUGCAAAGGAACCUGAGAUCGACGAAGUGUACGCUCGAAGACUCUAUGAACACAUGCAACUUUUACCCGCCCUUGACACCGUUCUUUAUAAUGUCCAGAGGCAAGGAAAGAUAUCUUUCUAUAUGACGGCUUUUGGAGAAGAAGCCACCAUUAUCGGUGCAGCAGCAGGACUUAAAGAUGAUGAUGAGGUGCUAGGGCAGUACCGUGAAAUGGGAGUACUCCUGUGGCGAGGAUUUACUAUCGACAACGUCAUGAAUCAGUGUUUUGGAAAUGAAGAGGAUUUUUGCGGCAAAGGUAGACAGAUGCCCGUGCAUCUUGGAUCUGUCGACCACCAUUUUCACACAAUUUCAUCAACGCUUGGCACUCAGAUACCUCAUGCCGCUGGCGUUGGCUUUGCUCUGCGUCGCGAUCCCGCAAGACGCGGGAAAAACGUCGCUGCUUGCUUCUUUGGGGAAGGUGCUGCUUCCGAAGGAGACUUCCACGCCGGUCUCCUGUUAGCUUCUACAAUACCCUGUCCUACGGUCUUCAUUGCUCGCAACAAUGGGUUCGCCAUUAGCACUCCAAGUACGGAGCAGUAUUAUGGCGACGGCAUCGCAAGCCGGGGACCGGGUUAUGGAAUCGACACUGUCAGAGUAGAUGGGAAUGAUGUCCUUGCGGUCAUGUCUGCUGUUGGCGAAGCAAGACGGCGAGCUGCUGAGCAGGGCCGAGCAGUCCUGGUCGAGUGUAUGUCAUAUCGUGUGGGACAUCAUUCAACUUCGGAUGACUCCUUUGCCUAUCGCGAUCGUGCAGAGGUAGAAGACUGGAAGAAAGUUGACAACCCAAUCGUCAGGUUCCGACUUUAUCUAGAGUUGAAAGGCUGGUGGGAUUCUACCGCAGAACAGGAACUCAAAACACGGCUCAGGGCGGACGUGAUGAAAGCCUUCAAACGGGCAGAAAGUCUGCCGAGAGCAGAAGUGAGUGAGAUAUUCACUGAUGUGUACGGCGGAGAGAUGCCCUGGAAUCUUAAAGAGCAAAGGGCCGAGCUAGCUUAUCUUCUCAAGAAGUACGGAAACACCUGGGAGCCUUGGAAGACCGAGCUUUCGAGAUUCAGAAACAAGGGAGAGGAAUUGAUGAAGGAAGCCAAGUGAAUUCAUAAUCUCAUGCAUGGUAUAUCAUAUCCACACUGUAAUAAGAAAGGAAGGACAUAAUUUCUU